UCCCGCACCUCUGUCUCUCCACUGUCGUUGGGACAAUAUGCGCACCAUUUGUACCUAGGCCUCCUCGCCCAAGGUCUCAUUGCCCCCGGUCGUCAGAUCCACCACAACCAGGUCCAUUCGGAGACGGUGAAGAAGAGCAAUUUCUACUUCAGCUUCGACCCCAUAGUCGCAUCAACUGCCACCUUGUUACGCUGCAGUCUACUCGCUACCCGCCACUGCGGAAAACCUUCAGACCGCCGCAUUGUCACUGGCGACCGCGGUGCCCUUCGCCCAUUCUCCUUCCUUGCUCGGACUGCGGCGCUUCUACGCGCUCUAGUCCGCUUCGCAGCCAUGCCCUGCUUUAAAGGGAUUGCCGUUAGCAUACAUGCCAACGGUGCUCCUCUUCCCGAGCAUGGUAUGCAAAAGCAGUCACGACUGUCACGCAUCAGCACCUAUAUACCCGUGCCUCAGCCAAGCAUCAACCCCGAUUCGAACAAGCCCGAGCCUGCCAAGUUCGCCAUUUCAAUUACCCUCUUGACACCCGGCUUGCCGAUCCCGUACUCGACUCCGAAGUCCACCGAGACGAACCCUUAUCCCAAGCCCCAGUUCGUCGGAGGCCUGCCCACCGCCGCUCAAGGUCCUUCGAAGUUCUCCGGAGUCGUCAACCCCUAUAUUCCCAUGACCAAUUCUGAGAAUGAGACGAUAGCCGCCUACAUAUACUUUGACGGAAGAUCCAAGGAGGAAGUCGCCACGCUUCUGCGACCGGGUGAGGAGACCUGGGUCAACAGUCGUUGGGUUCAGGUACCCGAUUCUGAAGGCGGAGGUCUUGCUGAGCGCGAAUUUUUAUUCCGCGAAGUCGGCUUGGAGCGUUGGCUUAACGGCUUGGACCUUCAAGGUCACGAUGCGGCAGAGAAGCUGGAACGUCGCCGUCAAAAGUUCGAGAAGCGACGCAGGAGACAAAAGACUACGACUGGAGCGACAAGCAUGCAAGUUGAGGAAGGCCCCAACGGCCCCAGAGACACUCUGCGCUACGGUGCCGAGGACGGAUCUCCUGUUGAGGCUGUCUUUGGCGAAGACGACUCUGACUCCUUAUCCGACGAUGACGAGAUCCCCGAGGCAACUGGACAGAUCAAGGUGCUGAUGUUCCGUGUGCUUGCUUCUGGCGAAAUAAAAAAAGGAGAAUACUCUCCACAGUUCGAUGCUCAUGACGAUGACGAUGACGCGGAGUCCGGAAAGCAAGGCAAUGGGAAGAGCGGCGUCGAUGCUGACGUGGAGCACACUACAAGCUUUGCCAAGCCCAAGACGUUGGAUCCGAAGACUAUUAGUACUCAGACCGUGACGGGUAUCGAUGGCCCCGACAAGCCAUAUGCUUCUUUCACAUUCUUCUACCGCGGGGAGAGGCAACUCCAGAAGAUUGGCAUCAUUGCUUCUUCAAAGGCAGCCCAGGCAACGCCGGGAUCUGCCAAACGCCGGUCUGGGCAGCUAGACUUUUCAAGCCUCGGCCCCUUGAAGACCUCUGGCACCGUUGGAUUUUCUGCCUUCAGAGACCAGGAUACAGAGGCCACCAGACGACGGAAAGCCCGCAAGAAGAGCAAUGGCAAUAUUGGGGGAGCUCUCAAUGACGACAGUGACGACGAUGACGACGAGAGUGAACUUCUUGGAAAGAUGCAGGAUAUUGAUGAAAAGGACAUCAAUAACAAGCUCGCCCCCGAGGACGUUAGAUCUCAAGGGGAGCUUGCUGAUGGUGUGAACCGUAUUCGACUUAAGAGAGCACAUUCAGCCGAGCCCGACCGCUCCGAGAACGCAGGUGCCACCAAUAACUCUGUAAACUCGGGCGCGUUCGGUAAUCCGUUGAUUGGCGCUGCAAGCGCUGCAGGCAAUGGCGAUGUUUCCGAGGGCGUGAACCAGGACCCUAGCAACGACGCUACGAUAGAGGGAACAAUUGGGAGCCCCUUGAAGAAACAUCGGCCGAGUAUUUCUGGCGGCGAUGAUCAAAUCCGAGCCCAGUCAAAUAACUCAGGUUUGAGCGAUGUCAUGAACCGUGGGGUCCCUACACAGACAAAUGCGCCGGCCACCUCGGGUACCAAUGUCGACGAGGAAGAGCUGUGA